AUGGCCUCCUUCCACUCUCUACCGAAUGAGAUUCUCCGUCUCAUCUUUUGGCAGUGUGACAGCUUUUCUCAGCUGGUAUCUCUCGCUCGAUCAUGCAAGCGGCUUUACGAACUCUACAUGAACGACAUGCACUCUAUCAUGUACCCCUUCGCCCAGCGGCAUAUCCUUAAUUUCGACGAUGCGUGGGUAACAGUACGCGCGACAAGAAAAGUCGUCAAGUGUUAUGCGUCGGGCCGUCUCCCCCAAAACCCUUUAAAGCUGCGCACCCUACGCCCACCGGGCGAGCGCAUCACGCUGGACGAUAUGAAAGACAUCUCCGAGUGGGACCAUCUGCUGGACUGCAUUGAGAAUACCUUGCUGACCGACGCAUCGGUGGACGUUACCGGUCUGGAAGUUAUGCGCCACCGGGCAAACUGGACUGCGUUGAGGCGGAACCUACGUCGCUCCAUAUAUCGACUCUUCUUGAUCGGCGCCGUGCUGUGCCCGACGUAUCAGGAGCCCUUCCAGACGACAGGCCGCAAUGUUCCCGCUGGUUUUCUUGAGGACUGCGCCUACAGACUGGUGAAGGACGGGGUUCGCGUGCUAGUCGAGGACGAGAUCCAGCAUCUGCUCACAUACCCAGUGCUCAAUCGUACCGUACACUACAACGCAUACGGGCCUGACUUUGAUGUGCUGGUGGACUACCUCGUGGCACAGGCCCGGUCUCGAGCACAGCGGGAAACCCCGACUUCGCCAAUGUAUCCCCCCGAGGCAGUUCUGAAUGGUGUAGAUUCGAACACAGGCAGUAUACUGUAUGCGGAGACAGUGCAGUGUAUCCUGGCGUACUACCUUGUUGUAUGCAAUCGGACUUUGUUCACAAGGCAGAUGAAUGAUUUGCUACCCACCCGGAAAGUCACGGCGGUAUUUAUGGAUUCGUUUCUACCUGAAGAGAUUUUCAUGCCAGACAGCUCACGGACCCGGGAUCUCCUGCGAUAUCGGGAACUCCCGGCCGGGGCGACGGGGGGAUGGGGGACACCGUCCCGGUUCCUAAACGACCUCCUGCGUUAUCUGUUUGUGUCGCUGGUAAGGCGAGGCCUUGGCAGCAAUCCUCCUCUGCAGAUCUUUCAGGUUCUCCGGGACAGGUUCUUCGGUCUCCGUUUUUCGGCUGAGAUUGUCCAUGGCUUUUUAUUGAUGUCCCAGGGGAAUCGCGAGUCGAUAGCGCAGAUCUACGCGGACGAAUGGAGCGAUGGAGUGGAGGAUUACUGGCGACGGUGA